UGGGGGCGGGGCAACUGGAGCUGGUGACAGGCGGUUGGGUGAUGGCGGACGAAGCAAAUUCUCACUACUUUGCUAUGUUGGAUCAGCUGAUCGAAGGACACCAGUGGAUACAGAAGCAUCUGGGUGUGAAGCCCCGUAGUGGAUGGGCGAUUGAUCCGUUUGGCCACUCCCCCUCUAUGACCUACCUCCUGAAGGGGGCGGGGCUUAGCAACAUAGUCAUCCAGCGAGUUCACUAUGCUGUUAAGAAACACUUCGCCCAGCAACAGACAUUGGAGUUUCUAUGGCGACAGAGCUGGGGUGAGUGUGGGCAAGAGACACCGGGUCUGAAUACAGAGAGAGAGAAACUGACUGAAGAUAAGUAAUGUUAAACUGUGUGAAAAUGUUUUGUUGAUAAUAGAUUUUGAUGAUACUAACAGCAAAAGUGAAGAAAAAAUAUUGAAACAAUAUUAGAAAAAGUGGGAGGAGUCCAGAAAACAAAUGAAGAAAAACAAUACAUGUAGAUGAGGACAAAAUAGUUCCACAGAAAACAUUUGAAGACUUACAUUAAUAAAACAAAUUGAGUACAGUUU